CCCAGUCCGCACACUAAAUCUUGCCAUUUGCCGAACGAAUUGCUUGCGUCGGAAAUCGCUUGCAUAUCCAGUGAAGAAAACGAACCCUGGUUCUUGCGCACGCGAGAGAGUUGCGAGAGCCUACGAAUUCACCUGGCCUGGGCCCUGUAGACUUCUGACAAGCUGGCAACAACACUUGAAAGAUCCACGAUCGGGUUCAAGGUGUCGAGGAGACAUCCACGUUUGGGCUGAAGUUGUCGAGCAAAAACGAACUCCAUCCAGAGUUCAAAACCAAGGGUGUACCCUCGUCGUUCUCGUCUAUCUAUCCCCAUUCUUCGCCUCCCGGUCUCUCUAGACUCUCGUCUACCAAAAGCACGAACCAGUUUCCCCUCUCCCCCUCCCCCUCCAACCUUCCCACCAGUUCGUGAGCUUCAACAUCGCUCCCCUGGCGAGUCCAUCCAAUUCAAUUAAACCCCAUGUCAUAAGGCUACGAAUACAGCAUAGCCAGCUCUAUCCGGACGAACGCCUCAUCAAGGCCUCAAGACAAGACAAGACAACCCUCAGGGACAGUAAAACUCGUCUCCGUGUGUAACGCGCCACAUCCCAUCCCGCAAGCCGUACUCCCCCGAACCAGACAGUGUCGCAUUCUCCAGCCUCGCACAAGGGUUUUUUAAUUCCCUCCCCGGACUGGUUUGGCGUCUGUGGGUUUCCACCGCACCGUCUCACCACCUCCACGUCUCGAUAGCUCUCCGUCUCUCACUCCUACUCCCACUCUCUCACUCCUUACACAAACCUCUCCCCUCCUCCACCCCUCAACCUGAGCAUCCACAGCUUGAUCCCAGCUGUGUCCUUCCUCCUUCAUCCACCACCACGACCUCACAUCCCGGACCUGGUCUCCGUACGGAUAGUCUCAGCCACCCACACCCACUCAGCAAGAAGCUCUCCCACUACAGAGAGCUCUCUCACAUCACCUACACCGCAAGACAAAUCGCGAGACAGGCAACAUACACAAAAUCACAAUGGGCUUCUUCGACUUAUCCACGGGCAGCGUCAUCUCCGGCCGCUCCUCCCACUCCCGCCGACACUCCUCCCACCACUCCAAAAAACACAGCACCAAGCACCGCUCCCGCUCCCGCUCCUCCUCGCGCUCCCGCAGCAAGCGCCACAGCGCGCCCAGCAUCGCCGCCUCCAUCUUUGGCGGCGACGACUACAAGAAGAACAACGCGUCGCGCGGCUCCUUCUUUGGUAUUCCCAAUGCCUCGCGCUCGUCCUUCUUCGGCUUCAGCGGUGGCCGCCCCUCGUACUACAAACGCUCCCCGCGAAACGGCUUCGUCCAAAAGACCCUCAAGCAGGUAAAACGCCUCUGGCGCGACCUAGUCUACUACGCCAAAAAGCACCCCUACAAGGUCGUCGCCCUCGUCAUCAUGCCCCUCAUCACGGGCGGCUUCCUCACCGCCCUCCUCGCCCGCUUCGGCCUCCGCCUCCCGCCGGGCAUCGAGCGCAUGAUUGGCAUCGGCGCGAAAGCCGCCUCGGGCGACUCCAUGGGCCUCGUCGGCGAGGCGGUCCGCAUGGCGAGCGGCGGGUUCGGCGGUGGUGCUGCGGCGACCCGCGCGCAUGUUGAGAGGGGGUAUGAUGGGGAUUAUUCGUGGGAGAGGAGGAGUGUUGAGAGGGAUGGCAGUGGUGGUGGUGGCGGUGGUUGGGCUGAUGGGCUUAUGAAUGGUGUCGCAAAGAUGUUUGUCUGAACCCCGACUCACGAGGUACCGGGAGCACAAGACCGAACGGGCAAGAAUCACGAUUGGUUUGGGUGGACAAUUUUGUUCGGCAUUUUUAUGACUGAAGGGCGUUUUCUUUUCUGGGUUAUGGGAUUCUUUGACUACCCAUUCUGGUUCGUCCCAUGCAUUUUCCUGGGAACCGGCCCUUGGAACAAUUGUAUGCCACGUUACGACCGUGCAUGGCGCAUUUACAUAUAUACCUCUAGAUAUAUCAAG